AUGCAUUCUAAAAUUAGGUACGCUACUGGUGUUAUAAUGGCUAAAGGACUUACUGAUAAAGAGCUGGAACAAAUUAUUGAGUCUGAUGAGUUCUGGGAGGAUUUCGACGUGAAUAAUACUGCAUCAUCGUCAUCUUCCACUUACGAAUACAAUGAAAAUACUAUUGAAAAGGAGGAUAAACGUGAUGCAUGCGAAAAACUUUUUACGUUUGGGGACCAGAGCGAUCAAGAAGAGGAAGACGAAGAGGAACUAAGUACCCACGAUACGGACAGUGAGCAGGAAUGGCAGCCUUCCGACGAACAAAAUGAAGACGAAGAACAUUCAGCUAGUACCAGUAAUGAAGAUGUGAAUUUAAACAGAAAGGAAGUUCCAAAAGCUUUGUAUGGAAAAGAUAGAACAAAAUGGUCUACUACUGCUCCAGUAAGAGGAAAGACUCUUGCAAAAAACAUCAUAAAAGUUUUGCCCGGUUUGAAAGGAAAUGCAGCACAACACAAACCUCAAUCUGCCUUACAAGCCUGGAAGUUGCUUCUGACAGAUGAAAUAUUUGGACAAAUUAUAACUCAUACUAAUACAAAAAUCAGAUCAGUUCAAAGUCAUUAUGGAAAGUUCAAGAAGAAGAGCAAUAGCAGGUCGGAAUUUCGGCCUUCAUUUAUUGGUGAAACUGACAAAACAGAAAUUGAGGCAUUUGUUGGUCUUCUAUACUUCCUUGGGUUAUACAAGUCAGGCCAUGAAGAUUUAAGGUCCCUUUGGGCUACUGAUGGAACGGGACGUGACAUAUUUAGAUGCACGAUGUCACUUGCUAGGUUCUCCUUUCUCUUAUGCUGCCUUCGAUUUGACGACGAACUAACACGAAAAGAAAGAAUGAAAAAUACCAAACUAGCCGCUUUAGGAAAUCUUUUUGAAGAAUUUAUCCAAAACUGUAAAGGAAACUACUCACCCGGGGAAUACUUGACCGUAGAUGAGAUAAUGCCGAGAAAAUAUAAGCGGAAAAGUAGUAGACGGGAGUGGUCGGAUAUUGCAUUAAAAUCGGCCAUGCGUGAUGUAGAAGAGGGCACAUUAUCGUGCAAUGCUGCUGCUGGAACAUAUGACAUUCCAGAACCGACCCUUCGGCGAUAUUUGAAGAAGAAAAUGGAAGGCGUCGACCUACCACAGCAUGCAGGCAGAUUCAAGAACACUUUUAAUACUGAACAAACACAAGAUUUUGUUCGUUACAUCCAAGAGUGCAACGCAAGAGGACUUGGUUUAAUAUUGAUACAGGUUCAAAAAUUAGCAUUUGAAUAUGCGGAAACAAAUGGGAUUGAACACAGAUUCAACAAGCAAAAUAAAAUGGCAGGCAUUGACUGGUUUAGACAGUUUAGAGCAGAAAACAAUCUGAGCUUGCGAAAUCCAGAACCAAAAUCAAUUGCUCGCCUGAGGGGAUUCAACAAAGUUGCAGUGGAAAAAUUCUUUGAUAUUUUAAAAGAUGUACGACUGAAAUAUGAGCUACCUCCUGAGCGCAUAUACAACUCCGACGAGUCAGGUGUUUCCACGGUACCCACCAAAUUGCCAAAAAUAUUAACUCCAACCGGGCAAAGAAGAGUUGCGAAAAUAGUGUCGGCGGAAAGAGGUCGAAACACCACAGUCGUAUGCGCUAUGAAUGCGGUUGGUUCAUAUGUUCCACCAUACUUCAAUCUUCGCUCGGCGCAGAAUGAAGCCCGAAUUAUUGCACGGGUGUCCUCCUGGAGCUGA